AUGUCUCGGUUGCAGACCGAGGGGCACACGCAGAGCUUGCGGGAGGUGCACGAGCGCCUCGUGUCCUUCGUACAAUGCCACACCCAACUCGCCAGCUCUACGAUCGGCUUGGCUGACUCGAUCCUGGACUUCUAUUCCCCGGAGGUGUGGUGUGGGUGCUGUGACAACAAAUAA